AUGACAGAAAAAUUGCGGCCUCGCACCCCCACACCAGACGGACGCCACACCACACCGAACCGCUCCACACCGCUCUACGCCCCACUCCACACUACACCACACCGCGAACACCCUCCGCCGGCGGGACACGACCCCGACGAGAGCUUGGCUAAAUCGUGUUGCUAUCAUCUGUACAGUUAUAAAAAAAAAAGCGACACCUUUUCCCCCCCAUCCUCCCCUUCCCCUUUUUCCUCAUCGGUCCUCAUCCACCUCAGCCUCCGCCUCCAAAGCCCGAAGGCGGUUUCGCUCGUCAAACGACUCGUCGCGAUUCCUCUCAAUCACGGUCUCCGUCGUAAGCGCUGUCUUAUCGCACAGCUCAAAAGUACCGGUAAGCUCCUCAAAGCAGCGGUUCUGCAUCAACCGGUCCUUGAUGAUAUUAAACUGCUGCAUGAGGACCUUGUGCACGAGCGCGUUGCCGCAGCUGCGGCUGGACGUGUCGACCUUGGCCAGCGCGGCGAGCAUGGGGCUAGAAAGGUCGUCCGUGCGCGCGUUGUACUUGACGGUAAAGUCCGGGCGGAGGCCGGUGACGACCUCGACCAGCGCGGCCGACUCGUGCGGCCGCUCCAAGUCGAUGACGAUCUCGUAGCGCUCGGCGACCUUGCGCAUGGCGUCCUCGUGCGCGUACUCGUACGGGCACUCCGUGAGCGGCACGCCCGCGCCGUGGUACGUGUACAGCGCGUUGACCGGGUACGCGGCGACGUGCUCCUUGUAGCGGCGGACCUCGCGCGCGAUCUGGUCGGCGUCCGUGAUGGACGCAAAGUCCUUGUCGCGGUUGGCCUGCAGGUAGGCCGAGAAGAUGAUGUUCCCGGCGUCGCGCGUGCUGGUCAUGAAGGUGACGUUGCCGCCGCGCAUGUCGGCGAUGUCCAAGUAGCGCUCGCGGAUCAGGCGCGUGUGGCAGCCGUAGAAGUCGACGUGGCGGCGCUUGACGAUGGUGCGCCACCCCAUCUCGUUCCACUCGAUCAUGUUGAAGCAGUGCGCCGAGACGAGGCCGGCGUCGUCCAGCGCGUGCCGCAUGGCGACGCGCACCGUCGUGCUGCCCGUCUUGGGCGGCCGGUUGUAGAACAGCAGCCGCUUGUGCGCCGCGGCCGGCCCCAGCGACGACAGCCGCCGCAGGUGCUUGAGGUGGCGCGUGAACUGCGAGUGGAAGGCCGGCACGUCGCGCGCCGAGCCGAACAUGAAGAAGGCCGUGGCCGUGGCGACGGCGACGAACACGGCCACCGCCAUCGUCUCCGUCAGCGAGCGUGCGCGCGUCGGCGUCGCCGCGUCCGGCAUCGUCGCGGGCUUCUGCAUGGCCGAUGGGCACGGCCGCAGCCGCUGUGCUGUGAAGUGAAGGGGGGGGGUGGAGGGGAAGGGGGGUGGGCGAAUGGGGGGUCAAUCGCUCUCUCAGAGCGCCAAUGUAAGUAA